UGCCAAGUAGGUUGUCCGGGCUGGCUGGCAGGCCAAGAGCUGGGAGGGGAUUUCCUUGGGCUCCCUCCCCUGGGGCCAGGCAGGUUAGGAACCUGUCUGGACAAUUUUAGAUUGGGGAGAGUUGGAGGAGUGUCUGGUAGGGCGGGAGCUUCAGGGCAGCAGGCAGCCCCUUGGCGCAGGACGCCUGGAACACGGGCACCAGUCUGUGCUGCCUGGGACACCCCUGCUUCAACCUCCCCAGGUUGUGUUCCCCAAAAGGAUGGUUGGAGAAUGCUCUGAUCUUGAGAGAUAGCAAGCAAAGAGAAAUCAGGUGGAGGGAGGACCCAGGACAAUGGCUGCUGCUCAUGAUCUGGAGAUGGAGAGUAUGAAUCUGAAUAUGGGGAGAGAGAGGAAAGAAGAGCUGGAAGAAGAGGAGAAAACGAGAGAGGACUGGAGAAGUAAAGAUUCUGCCAAGAAUAAAAAGGUCCACAGGUUUGUCUCCAAGUGGAUGCUUCCCGAAGAGUCCCGGAUAACAUACUUGGAGAGAGCCAACUGCUGCCCCCCACCGGUGUUCAUCAUCUCCAUCAGCCUGGCUGAACUGGCAGUGUUUGUUUAUUAUGCUGUAUGGAAGCCUCAGAAACAGUGGAUCACCCUCGACACUGGCAUCUUGGAGAGUCCCUUUAUCUACUGUCCCGACAAGAGGGAGGAAGUCUGGAGGUUUAUCUCAUACAUGCUGGUACAUGCUGGAGUUCAGCACAUCUUGGGGAAUCUUUUCAUGCAGCUCAUUUUGGGUAUUCCCUUGGAAAUGGUCCACAAAGGCCUCCGAGUGGGGCUAGUGUAUCUGGCAGGAGUGAUUGCAGGAUCCCUUGCCAGCUCCAUAUUUGACCCACUCAGAUCUCUUGUGGGUGCUUCAGGAGGCGUCUAUGCUCUGAUGGGAGGCUAUUUUAUGAAUGUUCUAGUGAAUUUUCGAGAAAUGAUUCCUGCCUUUGGAAUUUUCAGACUACUGAUCAUCAUCCUUAUAAUUCUGUCAGACAUGGGAUUUGCUCUCUACAGAAGGUUCUUUGCCCCUGCAAAUGGGUCUCCGGUGUCUUUUGCAGCUCACAUUGCUGGUGGAUUUGCUGGAAUGUCCAUAGGUUACACCGUGUUUAGCUGCUUUGAUAAAGCUCUCCUGAAAGACCCAAGGUUUUGGAUCGCAAUUGCUGCUUACCUGGCUUGUGUCUUGUUUGCUGUGUUUUUCAACAUUUUCUUAUCUCCAGCCAACUGAGCUGCCCCUAAAACAAGUCAAUUAAUAAAAAGAGCCACGUGGAGGGGAAAAAAUGGAAAACCUCUACGAAGAAACAGAGAAGACCUAGAAAAGUUUAAUAAUUUUAUAAAGAGGAAAAUACAGCACUCAACUGAUUAGUUGUAAGGACUGUUUACAAAAAGAACUUAGGAUGUAAAGAAGUAGCUUCCAAAUGUAAAGAGGAAGAUGAGAAGGAGAGAAAAGAGAAGGGCAGUAAAAACCAGAGAUUAGGUCUUCCUAGGCAUGGUACACAUGUAUGUAUCCCAUAAAAAAGACUUGGGUCUCCUUGGAGGAAAUAUACUUUGUAGAUUGCUUGAUAAAACCCUGAAUACUAUACUAUGCUGAUAAUAAAAACUUUUCAUACCA